UAUAUAUAUAUAUAUAUCUAUAGAAAUCAAGCUGAUAGUGAGUGUGAACCAAUCUUUGACAUCAACACUGGAAAGCCCCCGAAAAACAACAAUUGUUUUUUUAUUACCAAACAACAAGGAACUGAAAAUGAUGGUAUUUUAUCAUCACUUAUGUCUCAGCAUUUUCUACCAAAGGUUGCUCAUUUCUGUGAUGGAACAGGAAAAUACCAACAUAAUGUUGAAGCCCCCACUAAGCACAAUGCUCUCUGUCGGGAAGAGAGCACAUGGAGUGUGAUCAAACAAAAUCCAGAUUUUAUUGAUGGAAACAAUUCGCCACAGACUGUUCGUCUGCCAGAUGUUGAUUUCAAGUAUGUUCAAGAGAAAAAUCCUCGUAUUGUUAUUGCCUUUGAUUCUUCAGGGAAUAUGAAUCCCUUUGAUAGGUUUUCCAUUCUGCUAAGUGCACUGAAAAAGGUAUUGAAUGAAUUUCCAUUGGGUAUUGAGAUGGGAAUGGUACACUUUAAUGAAGAAGCACACAUAGUAAAGGAAAUGACAAUUCUUAAUGCAAAUGAAGAAAGCUUUAUCAAGGUGCUUCCUGAUAGGCCCGUUGGUGAGCAAGCUUGUGUUGAAUGUGGAAUACAGAAGUCAUUAGAGCUAUUAUCAACAAACAGCCAGUCUAUUUAUGGAAGCACUGUAGUGUUGGUGACUACAGGAGAUAUAACUGAAAAGAAAAUUCAACUGCUCAAAAAGAACUUAACUGCAUCCAGUGUACGACUGUUCGUAAUAUUAUAUCAUGAAUCUGAGAAUGCCACUGCUUCUCUGCAAAGUUUAGCACACAGCACCACUGGAAGACUGAUACAUGUUAGAGAAGAGAAUAUUAACAAGAGCCUAUCAUUCACCAACUUAGUUAAUCUCUAUGAAGCAUUUCAACUGGUCUUGCUGGGUCAUUCAUGGGAGUAUUCAGACCUACCAAUCACAGUAAUGUUUACAAUAGUAAAACUCAUAAUAGCUUUUUCUUUACAUACUACUGGAGGUCCACAUAUUUAGUAAUUUUAUGUUUUACUGGUUAAAAAAUUGUAUAGAACUGAUCAAGAACAGUUGAGUAAAAUUACUUAUUUUUCUAAGUAAAAAUACAUAGAAAACCCUAGCAGUAAUUAGUGGAA